AUGUCUCUAAUGUUAACCAAUAAGAGAAUGUAUCAUGUUGCUGUUAAAAGGUUAUAUCAAUUAAUCUAUGUUGAAAUGGGUAUUCUAAUCAAUACUGACAUCUGUACUUCGUUUAACUGCAAGUACACUGUUACCCAAUGUGGUUUAAAGCUAUUGAAUCAACGCAAUGAAUUGUUGCAGCAUGUAAAAUUGAUUGUGGUUCAGAAUUAUGAGACAUACAAUUAUUAUAUUACACUUUGGAAUGCAAAGAAAUAUGACUGGAUUCAAUUAUGCCCUGAAAAGUUAUAUUUGGGUUAUCACCUUCACAGUUAUGAUAGAAUUGAAAUUGCAUUCCUUGCUUUGAUAAUAAAGUAUUUUCUUCCUUCGCCACCAGUUCUUGAAAAUGACGAUUAUACUAUUACAAGUAUAGUAAUUCCAUUGUGCGAUACGUUUGUUGAUGAGCUUGAUUUGUCAAUUAUUCCUUACUUAAAACGUCUACAAAGAAUAAAAUUCCAAAUGGUUUGGGGAAAUGAAUUAACAUUAAUAAAGUCUAAAUUUAGCCAUUGCCUAAAUAUCACAUGUUUAUCACUACAAUUCCUGUUACUCAAUCAUCCAGAAUUCGAAUGUUUAAUUGAUAUCAUUAACUUGGAUGCAGUGACCAGCCUAGAAUUAUUCAUAGAUAAUGUGUUACACGUAGUUGUUCAACAACUCUAUUUUGACUGGUUGAUUGCACAUUUACCCAAUCUAAACAGUUUUUUAGUGCGUUCGAAUAUGGCCAAGAAUAUACACAAUGUGUGUAGUCUCAUUAUGGAGAACACAUUGAGUAGAUUAGUCAUUCUUUCUGAGGAUUUUACUCCAUCUGAAGUUUGGGAGCAGGUCAAGAAACAAGAGCAAACAAUUGAACAGCUAUUUAUUGGAAGAUGCAACAUUGACUUUACCCUCAACUACCUUGAUCGAAUUUUCAAAGUAACAGAAAAAGAUAACGAUCGCAGGCUAACUUAUGAAAGCAUGAUAGCUGGAUUCUUGGGAGAUGAUACGUCGAGGUAUCCCCAAUUAUCUAAUAUAAUUGUUUAUGGUUGUGAUUAUGAAAUAUCUCGCUCAAAUUCUAGUUUCAAAGUUAACCCGCUUAACUACUAGAGUUCUCUUCCAAAAUCAGAAUAUUUAUGUAAAAAUCUGUUUGAUGAAUUUAAAAAUAGUUUGAUAGACUUAGGUAGGCUAUUUACCAUCCCUGAUUUCAUAUUUCAAUCAAAACAAA